UUCCAUUACCCUUUCAGACGAAGAUCAUGUUCUCUCCAAUAAUUCCGUACAGCCUGCAUGGCGUUCCAACUACAAACCUGAUAGCACAGAAGCCAUGACUGUUACCACAACCGAUUUGGUUAGUUGGGCCUUUCAAGUGGCGCGCGGCAUGGACUAUUUAUCGUCACGUAAAGUAUUGCACGGCGAUUUGGCUGCACGUAAUAUUCUACUAUGCGAGAAUAAUGUGGUGAAAAUAUGCGAUUUUGGCUUAGCACGCUCCAUGUAUAAAAGCGAAAACUAUAAGAAGCAAGGUGAAGCGCCCUUGCCCAUUAAAUGGCUAGCUUUGGAAUCGCUUAGUGAUCAUGUGUUUAGCACCUACACUGAUGUUUGGUCAUUUGGUAUUGUUUUGUGGGAGUUCUUCUCGUUGGCGAAGGUCCCCUACCCCGGUAUGGAUCCAAAUCAGAGUUUGUAUUUAAAAUUGAAGGAUGGUUAUCGCAUGGAAAAACCACCAUUCGCCAAUGAUGAGCUAUAUGAUAUUAUGUUGGAAUGUUGGAGUACGAAUCCGGAGUGUCGUCCACUAUUCCAUGUGCUGGAGAAGUAUUUUGCGCGCAUGCUAGGCGAUGAUGUGACAAAUCACUAUGUGGAUUUGAAUGAUACAUACUUGCGCGCCAACAACGAAAAUGUAAAUCGCAAUCCAACCGAUUACCUAUCGCUGAUGGGAUCGCCAGAUGAAGUGGCACCAGCGGCACCACGCUAUGUAAAUGGACACAUACUACCAGAAAUACGUAUUCAGCCAUCCUCAUCCGAUGAUUACUUAAAUAUGAGCAUCGAAACAGGCACAACCAUUUUCUCGCCGACACGUCCAAAAGAUCACGACGACAAUCAGUCAAGUGAUGAACCAAAUACAACAACAACUACUUCUUUCACUUUCCCAGAUAAAAUAGCACCAACACCAACACCAUCGCCACCACCAUCAUCACAACAUUCACCAACGCUCGUAAAUAAUCUUGAUAGUCCAGUGAAUAAGCAUCGUAAGAAGGAAAUUAUCCAACCGGAAGAGAUACCAAUGCUGCCGGGUGCACAUCAUAGUUCUGAUGAUGGUGAGGGAAGUCCCGAGCAAGGACGAAAAUUCGUUAAGAAUAUAUUACAACAACAGAUACGUGCCCACGCCCACACGCCCACACCAUCACCGCGACAUCACAUUGCCGAAACCGAGUUGACGACGGGCAGUGAUAAUUAUGUGAAUGUUAAGUCGUCACCAAAAAAGCUAAGCAACACGAAUGGCGCGCGAACAGCUGAAGCAUUUUCAAAUCCAAGUUAUCAAAUAUUAAAGACUGUUUCCAAGGAUGUGGAGAAUAAGUGAAGAAGAUAGCAGAGUUUCACCUAGAGUAUAGUUAAUGGAUUUACAUUACAUUAAGUAUAAAUAAAGUUGACUUUAAAGUGGACUUUAACUGGCGUACGCUUACGAAAAUGUGCGUUUGAUUCCUGAGUUAGAUUUUAACAGAUCUAAAACACAGGCAUACAAAAUACAUACAUAUGUACGUACGUAUUUCAAUGAACUUUUUUCCGCUGAAACCGAAUUUGAAGUCAGUCAGAAUCGCCAAAUUGCUGCAAGUUUAUGAGAUAUUUAACCCCCAAAAAAAAAA